AGUUUGACUGUCCUUGCGGGGAGAGAGAGAGAGAGAGAGAAAAAGUAUAGACUUUCACUUCAUUUCCACACAGAACGAGAAAGACAGAGACAGAUAAGUACCAAAAAAGGCAACAACUUCACGAGCUCCACUCUCUCUCUCUCUCUCUGCAUCGUCACUCCUACAAAUCCCCAUCGCCAUCGUCGAAGUGUUUCCCCAAUCAAAACCCUAAUAAAAAUCCUCCAAUCUGUUGGGAAGAACCGGGUAAGUAAAACCUUCACGAGCUUCAUCCCUCUCUCUCUCUCUUUCCCGUCUCUAUCUCCCUCAACCAACCCCAAUCGCGUGAUCCAUCUCUCGCCACGUCACUCCUUUUCGCACCUCCAGCUCGAUCUCACAGCUCGAUGUCGAUCCGAGCUCUAUUUCUAGCCUCGUAAUGUGAUUUUUUUUCGACUUCGUUGAUUCGGAGAGAGAGAUGGAUCGAGCUGCGGUUACGAUGGGUCCGGGCAUGGACAUGCCGAUCAUGCACGACAGCGAUAGGUACGAGCUGGUUCGGGAUAUCGGGUCAGGGAAUUUCGGUGUGGCGAGGUUGAUGAGGGAUAAGCAGACCGAUGAGCUCGUGGCCGUGAAGUAUAUCGAGAGAGGUGAGAAGAUAGAUGAAAAUGUACAAAGGGAAAUUAUUAACCACAGGUCGCUGAGGCAUCCCAACAUUGUUCGAUUCAGAGAGGUCAUAUUGACACCAACCCAUCUGGCUAUUGUAAUGGAAUAUGCUUCUGGAGGAGAGCUCUUUGAGAGGAUAUGCAAUGCAGGACGCUUCAGUGAGGACGAGGCACGCUUCUUCUUCCAACAACUCAUAUCAGGAGUCAGCUACUGCCAUGGGAUGCAAGUGUGCCACCGCGACUUGAAAUUGGAGAACACAUUACUGGAUGGAAGCCCAGCUCCUAGGCUGAAGAUCUGUGAUUUUGGGUAUUCCAAGUCUUCGGUGCUACAUUCGCAACCAAAGUCAACUGUCGGAACCCCAGCCUAUAUAGCUCCAGAAAUUUUACUCAAGAAAGAGUAUGAUGGCAAGACUGCAGAUGUGUGGUCUUGUGGGGUAACCUUGUAUGUCAUGCUGGUUGGUGCAUACCCAUUUGAGGACCCUGAGGAGCCUAAAAAUUUCCGCAAGACGAUACAACGAAUUUUGAGUGUUCAAUACUCUAUUCCGGACUAUGUUCAUAUUUCUCCAGAGUGUUGCCAUCUGAUCUCAAGGAUUUUUGUAGCUGACCCUGCAAAGAGGAUAUCCAUUACUGAAAUCAGAAGCCACGAGUGGUUUCUAAAGAACCUUCCGGCAGACCUGAUGGAUGAUAACACAACGAACAAACAGUUUGAAGAGCCCGAUCAACCUAUGCAGAGUAUUGAUGAAAUCAUGCAGAUUAUUGCCGAGGCCACCAUUCCUGCCGCCGGGACCCAGAGUCUCAACCAGUACCUGACCGGAAGCCUGGACAUUGAUGAUGACAUGGACGAGGACUUGGAUACCGACCCCGACCUUGAUAUCGAUAGCAGCGGAGAAAUAGUCUACGCCAUGUGAUUGUCUACAGAAAUUAUGUAUCUUCAGUCUUGUGUUUUUGGGUGUAAAAGGUAGGAGGUAAGUGUCUUCAGUUGCGUUUGAAGAUCAGAAAAUUCAGUCACUUGCGGUCGCAAUGUACACUUUCCACUUGUAUCUCUUUAAUGUACUACCUUCCAUGCUCAUUGUACAUUUGUACCGUUGUUGUACUAUAUGUAUGCCAUUUCCAACCGGCACUUUCCUAUCUAAUUUGGGUGUAUUUUCCGUUA